AUGUCGGCCUCAACCACGGAGACGCCUAACAACGGCCACGUCUACGCCGGUGAGAAGCAUGGCGCUGUGCCCCAGAACGGCAGGGACAGCUACGAUGUCGACCGACGCGCCUCGAAGACCCUCGGCGAGAAGUCACCCGGUGUGGCUCGCGUCGAAGCCAUCUCCAGCGUGCUCACCAUGAAGGAUCGCAUUGCUCUCUUUUUCGGCGUCUUCCUCAUCUCCUACGCCUACGGCCUCGACGGCACGCUUCGCUACACCUAUCAGCCAUACGCGACCGCCGACUUCGGAGUGCACUCCCUUCUCGCCACGGUCAAUGUGCUGCGGGCGGUGAUUGCUGCUGCCGCGCAGCCCACCGCCGCGAGGAUUGCCGACGUUUUCGGCCGUGCUGAGCUCAUUAUGGUGUCUGUCUUCUUCUAUGUCCUGGGCACCAUUAUCGAGUCUGUGGCCACUAAUGUCAACACCUUCUCUGCCGGAGCCUGUGUCUACCAGAUCGGAUACACCAUGAUCAUCGUGCUCGUGGAAGUCAUCAUUGCAGAUCUGACCUCGACUCGCUCGCGUCUCUUCUUCUCCUACAUCCCCGCCACGCCCUUCAUCAUCAACACCUGGGCGUCUGGCAACAUCGCCGCCGACGUUAUGGCCGCCACGACCUGGAAAUGGGGCAUUGGGAUGUGGUGCAUCAUCUAUCCCGUGUGCGCCGCGCCGCUCAUCGUCACGCUCCUCCUUGUCGGCCGCCGCGCCCGCCGGGAGGGCAAGCUCGACUCGUACAAGUCCGAGUUCCAGUCCAGGGGCGCGGGCGGUCUGGCGGUCCAGCUCUUCUGGCAGCUCGACGUUAUUGGCGUUCUUCUGGUCAUCGCGCUCUUCGCGCUGAUCCUCACGCCGCUGACCAUCGCCGGCGGCUUCAGUGCACAGUGGCGGCAGGCUCACGUCAUCGCGCCGCUGGUCAUCGGCAUCCUGUGCGUUCCGGGCUUUCUGGUGUGGGAGCUGUUCUUCGCGCCGCAGCCGCUCCUACCUAUCCGCCGCAUGACCGACCGCGGCAUUUGGGGCCCGAUGGGUAUCGCUCUGUUCCUCAACUUCUGUUGGGGCAUGCAGGCCGACUACCUGUACACUGUCUUGAUUGUGGCCUUUGAUUUCUCCAUUGCCGGGGCUACGCGCAUCACGCAACUGUACAGCUUCACCUCCGUCAUCACGGGCACGCUGCUGGGUCUGAUCGUCUACAAGGUGCGGCGCCUCAAGCCGUUCAUCAUCGCUGGCGUCUGUCUCUUCAUCGUCGCGUUCGGCCUGAUGAUCCACUUCCGCGGCGGUGACGACGGCUCCUCGCAGGCCGGCGUCAUCGGCGCGCAGGUGCUGCUGGGCUUCGCCGGCGGCAUGUUCCCCUACCCGGCACAGGCUUCCAUCCAGGUCCAGGUCAAGCACGAGCAUCUCGCCGUCAUGACCGGUCUGUUCCUCGCCACGUACAACGUCGGCUCCGCUUUCGGGUACACCGUCAGCGGCGCCAUGUGGACGCAGAUCCUGCCCACCAGCCUCGAACGCAACCUGGCGUUCCAGACCAACGAGACGCUCGCCGCUGCCGCGUAUGCGGAUCCGUUCUCCAUUGCCCUGCUGUAUCCUGUUGGGACGCCCGAGCGCCAGGCGCUCAUCGACAGCUACCAGCACAUCCAGCGUCUGUUGUGCAUCACGGGCAUUUGUUUGUGCGUGCCUCUGCUGGCGUUUGCGUUUGCGAUCCGCAACCCGAGGUUGGAUGAGAGGCAGACUCUUGCGGAGGAUUCGGACAGUGAGACAAACAUCCAGAUCCAGCGUGGACAAGAGGUGGUGGCGCAGGGCCAGGGCAAGUGGUUCCACAAGCUAUUCUCUUGA